GCCUUUCAGAUCACACCGGGCUGCUAGCGCCUGGAUGUGAAGCCUUCUGCUGCUGGAUCCUGUCUGAGGGAGUGUGUUUAUCACUCAGGGGCCAGUGUAGUGUGUGUGUGUGUGUGUGUGUGUGUGUGUGUGUGUGUGUGUGUGUCAGUCAGUCUAGCAGUGCCAGUGCUGUAGUAGUAGUCAUGUACAGGCAUCUGUCUGACAGAGACUCUGUGCCCCAGGGGCCUGGCAGUGAGUGUCUGGGAAGCAGUAUGAGUCAGGACAGCCAGGACUGUCUGGGCAGUAUGACCCAAGAGAGCCAGGAUAUCUACCUAAGGAUGGACCACCACCGCCGUCGCUCCGGAUACCGCCUGGGACGCAUCAUUGCCCGGCAACAGCUACUCCGGAGGAUAGCUGGAGAACUCGAAGCGAAGGAGGCGUGUGAUUGGUUGAGCGGCAGGAUUCCCCAAUACGCUCAGCUCUUUGAAGACUCUCAGUUCCCMAUCGACAUCUCUCCUGUGAAGAAAGACCAUGACUUUCUGGACAACGACCUGGUGGAACCUCUCUGCAGCCAGCUAGCUGUCCAGAGGCCCUACUCGCCCUACUCUCAGCCAGCCAGCUGUCCACAGGCCCUACUGUCGAGUCAGUGUGUUGUCUUCCUGUGUAUUCAGAGUGAAGACUCUGAUGAGGAGGACCUGUUUGCCAUCAGUGACAGAUGGAAGUUUGAGUGUACGAGCCGCCGCUGGUCCAGACUAAAGGGGGAGGGGCAGAGUCCCAGGGAGGGGGAGGGGCGGGGCCUACAGACCACCACCAGUAGCGAGAGUGUUCUAACUGACCUCAGCGAACCAGAGGUCUCAUCUCUCCACAGUGAGAGCAGUGGRUGGAGUGGCCACCAGGCUGUGAGCACAGAGGACUCAGACURCUCUAACCGGAACUACUACGACUCUGCAGCGAUGCCUGAACCUGACUCCACCUCCCUUACCCUACCACACCUCCCUAAGCACCUCCCCUACUACGGCUCGCUGCCCGCCAAAAACGGCCGCGUCGGACGGACCCGAGCCAAGGACUUCCUGCACCGCAUGGAGACACUACGUUCCCGGGGCACGCUGGGGAGGGGGCAUUGCAAGAAGCUGGUGAUCAGCGCUCCGGUAUUGCAGACAGAGCCGCAGGCCCUGAAGACGCUGCGCUGCGUGGAGAUCACCAGUGGGGACGGGUCGGGGGCGGAGGUACCCACUGGGGGACCAAUCCUAGGGCUAACCCCCCAGUGCCCCUCCAGCAGCGAGGGCAGCCACUCCAGCGGCAGCACUGUCUCAUCCCCCAGUCUGAAGGAGAGGAAGCCCCACUCCCAGCGGACGGACCGGUCCGACGCCAAGCGCAGUGGCAUGUAUCUGGAGGACUUGGCCGUGUUCUCCAGCCUGCAGCGGAUCAGUGGCGUGGCCCAGGGGAAGAGGGGCGUGRCCGAACACAAUCAGCGUAACGAGUUCCGCUCCUACGAGGACCUGGUGGUCCACAUCCCCAAAGACCACAAGCCUGGCACCUUCCCCAAGGCCCUGUCCAUAGAGAGCCUCUCCCCCACCCUGGGGGCCUCUGUCCCCUGGCACAGCGACCAYGUCAACCCCCUGGAGCCCCAGUCCAACCCCCACCCUACCUCUAACCCGAGGGAGUUCCACCACCGCCGGCUCACCCAGUUCUGCCCACGGGGCAGUAGGAUCAGUGUGUACGACAACGUCCCUGGGUCUCACCUCUAUGCCUCUACUGGAGACYUGCUGGACCUGGAGAAGGAAGACCUGUUCCCCCACCUGGAUGACAUCCUGCAGCACGUCAAYGGCCUGCAGCAGAUAGUGGACCACUGGUCCAAGAACAUGCUGCCCUCUGCAGGCCUGGAUGGACAKGGGAUCCAGCCUGCAGGUCUGAAGUCAUCCAGCCAGAUCACGCUGGACUUUGAGGGGACGUCUGUUCUGGAGGGACAGAGCACAUCCAGUGACGGGGACAGAGACGGCGUGUCCCUCAUUGAGACUCACUGUACAGGACACAGAGAGAGGAGGGACUCAGGGGUGGGAGCAUCACUAACCAGACCCAACCGUCUGCGAUGGCCCAGCUUCCAGAUGUCCAACCGGCUCAGCCACUCAGUGGCCUCGCUCCAGAUCACCAACCAAUCAGCAGGCCAGCUCAGCCUGCUGCAGAAGUUCUCUCUCCUCCGCCUCACUGCCAUCAUGGAGAAAUACUCCAUGUCCAACAAACACGGAUGGACCUGCGGCCCGACCAGAAGGACCUGAAUGAGAACCUUGCCGCGACGCAGGGACUCGCCCACAUGAUCAUAGAGUGCAACCGACUGUUUGAGAUUCCCCACGAGAUGGUGACUCAGUCCAGGAACUCGUACGUGGAGGCGGACCUUCACGCUCCCACCUUAGAGGAGCUCUGUAGACAGCAGGAGGAGGAUGAUGCGUCCUACCAGACAGAGGCCAGACCCUGCCAGACACACUCAGAGACCAGACCGCAGAACCUGUACCAGAACUACGUAGAGAGCAGGCUGCAGGAGCUCCUGAAGGAGGCCAGAGAGAAGGCUAAGGGCUGGGUGUCCUGCACCAGCUCAGACAACACUGAGCUCUACUGUAAGAAGGUGGGUGAUGGGAACCCUUUGCGGCGGUGGCGUGUGGCGGUAGAAGUGGAGGCCCCUCCCUCGGUUUUGUUGAACCGCGUGCUGCGAGAGCGCCACCUGUGGGAUGUGGACCUGCUACAGUGGAAGGUAGCUGAGACUCUGGACAGAUACACUGAGAUGUUCCACUAUGUCCUCAACCGCAUGCCCCCACACCCCAGCAGAGACUUCCUGGUCCUACGGUCAUGGAGGACUGACCUUCCCAAGGGGACGUGUGCAUUGGUGUGUGUGUCUGUAGAACAUGAGGACUGUCCCCGGGUYGGUGGGGUGAGGGCCGUGGUUCUAGAGUCCAACUACCUUCUAGAACCCUGCGGCUCUGGGAAAUCCAGACUCACUCACAUCUGCAGGGUGGACCUCAAGGGGAGGAGUCCAGAGUGGUACAACAAGGCCUUUGGUCACCUCUGUGCUGCUGAAGCUGCUCGCAUUCGCAACUCCUUCCAACCAAUCAGCACAGAGGGGCCAGAGACCAAGAUCUGACAUUAGAGUCUUCCGUCCAUAGAGCUAGACCCACACAUACCUGGAGGGAACUACACCCAACCUGGCUUAGCCUAGAACUAGUGUAACCGAGUUGGAUUUGUAACCUCACUCCCCAGCCUGAAAUGUCUCCACUUGUGCUAUCGAACUGCUAACUUUUUGGUAGCGUAGUUGGCUAAGACAUUGUCAAGAUGCUGGUCCAGUAAGGAUUUGUGAGUGAGGAAGCUAUACCAAGGAAGCACAGUGACGUCUGUUACACUAGACUAAAUGRUGUCUGGAGCUAGACCCAUCCAUGCCUUCCAUGGCCUGCCAACCAUGUCUGGUGCUAGACCCAUCCAUGCCUUCCAUGGCCUGCCAACCAUGUCUGGAGCUAUCCAUCCAUCCCUUCCAUGGCCUGCCAACCAUGUCUGGAGCAUCCCAUCCAUACCCUUCAAUGGCCUGCCAACCAUGUCUGGAGCUACCCAUCCAUUGCCUUCCAUGGCCUCCAACCAUGUCUGGUGCUAACCCAUCCAUGCCUUCCAUGGCCUGCCAACCAUGUCUGGAGCUAUCCCAUCCAUCCCUUCCAUGCCUGCAACCAUGUCUGAGCUA